GAUGUCUGCAAGAGGUGCACGAUCAGAGUAUGUGGAAGAGUUGCAUCUCGUCAGGAACAAUGGGCAGCCACACAGGCCACAAAUUACUUGGACUUCAUGGCAGACAUGGAUAUCUAUCGUCAUCCCCGCACCAUUCGUAACUCUGGCCUCAUUUGCACCCUUGGUAAAGAAUUCAGAAAACUUAUUUUCUAUUAUAAUUAACAAUUAUUCCAAGAGUUGCGUUGGAUAUGAGAUGGCUAUGAUCAUCUCAUAUCCAACAAGUGCAAGUGGAAUAUAUUUUGUUUUAUUAAAAACACCCACAAAAUAUUGAGAAUUCUUCCCUACUUUAUUUGAAGAAACGACUGAUUUUCUGCUUGUUUUUAAUUUUGAGCGGAUGCGUACAGUUACCCUAUUUGGAGAGCGUGGUAUAAUGGCUCAUAUAACAUAUGGCUAAGCCAAUCAGAACUCUAAAUUGCAUUAUCCAAUGAUUCAGUUUUUAAUAAUUAACAAUGUCUGAAAUGUUAUUUAAUGAAUACACGUUGAGCCCUUGAUUGAUUUGAAGAUCAGUGGAAGCCCCUUAAGCUAACAAAUAAUCAGGGAUUUAAAAUCACCAGUUAGAGAAAAAAAAGGAAAAAUAUUUCUUUUACGAAUUCUAAUACAUUAAAUCACCUUAUACCUACAUACCUACAUACUCACCUUGAGUGUAUGCUCAUCUGAUCCAAGAUCAUUUUCCCACACUAUAAAAGUAUAUCUCAGCCUGCACAAUUUUGAGUUGUCCCAAAGUUGGAAGUUGGUGGGGGUGCUGCCCUUGAGCUUGGGUCAAUUAUGGGCAUCAUGAACCUCUGAUCUUUUGCUGUUUUUUAUAUUUAGGCCCUGCCUCAAGAGAUCCAAAGAUCAUUUCUGAGCUGAUUGAAAAUGGAAUGAACAUCGCAAGGUUGAAUUUCUCACAUGGGACUCAUGAGGUACAUGUAUUGACAAAUAUUUUGUCAUUUAUUAUUAUAUUAACAUUAAUUUUGGAUAAAAAUUAAUUAAACAAAAUUGGAAUUUUUGUGUUACCAAUAGUCCCAUAUAUAUGAUACAAUAGUUAAUUUUUUUAUCUCAGGUAAUUAUAAAUUCUUUUUUGGUUCAACUUCAUUAACAUAAAACAAAAAGAAAAAUUUAAUAAAAAUUACCUGAGAUAAAAAAUUAACUUUAUAUAUAACAAAAUUAUGUACACUGGACUAACCUUUUUGUUUUGUUUGCUUGUAAAAGAAUAUCCAGGAAAUGCUCUAUUGUUACACUCACAAACGAAAAACACAUGCAAAUUGAAAAUCUUGUCUUCUUACCCACUGCCUCCCCUACAUUUUCAUAAAAUGAGUCUCACAAGGGUGAAGUCUGGUGAAAGCUGAUCAAACACACGUCUGCCUCCCCUCCGCUAAAAAAUAUUGCAGAAGGAGAAGAAGAAAAGGAAAGCAAUCAUUGUCUGCCCCUCCCCCUUUUUUCUUCUUCAAAGUUUUGACUUUUAAAGUAUGAAAAAAGACAAGCUAUCAAUGAAGUUGUUGUUAAAUAGCAUAGUACACAGCUUCCCCAAGAAGUCUAACAGUUGUGAGAUGUGGUUUGCAUUUUACUUAACAUAUUUAUAUAACUGCAUUCUUGAAGGGUUUGAAGGAAAUAGUUACAUGUACCAUGCAUCUUUGAGAUACCUGUCGUGAAAUAAAUUUUUCAUUGUGGCUAAUGUUUAAAAAAGAAUUUUGUUGAUUGUAUGUCUCAUUAAAGUCACUUGGAUAUUGAUCAUAAGUUUUGACAGCAUUCUACAGGUCUUCAUCAGGCAAGAUGCCUGAUAAAACAUCAAAUGAGGUAAACUUAAUGAUGCCCAUUUUGUUCAUUUAAGUCUCCUGUUUCUUUUAAAUUUUUGUUGUUAGUAUCAUGCAGAGACCAUUGACUUGGUGAAGCAAGCAAGAAUUGAAGAAUGGCCCCAUGCUGUCGCCAUUGCACUUGAUACGAAAGGGCCAGAGAUCCGAACUGGGCUGCUAAAGUCGGUGAGUGUAUUGACAGAAAGCAGAUUGUAAUUCCCACAAGGGAUAAGUCUAAAAAAAAUUCUGAAGGAAAGAGAAGCAACUAGGAGGAGGAGGAAAGGGAAGUGAACCUGGUUGCCCUGUGGCCCUAGCUCCCGCCAGUCUCCUGUAGCUUAGCGUUAGAGCAUCUGGACUAGUGAUAAGGUCAUAGGUUCAAUUCCUAUUUGGAGUACUCAGAUUUUUCCUUCCAAGCCACCUGUGUCACUGAUUGAAAAAUCAUCAUAUCUCCAUAAUUGUGCAUAAGGAGGGGGCAUUGAGAUCUAUAAAAAAAACUGAAAAACCAUGCAAAAAAUCACCCAAAACAGAAAAAAGGUAUUAGAUUUCGAUCAAAACCCAAAAACUGAAUUCAAAAUCAUCACAACCAAAGAUGAAUGUACACACCUCAAUGUCCAAAACUCUAAUUGCUAUGAAUAGUUGGUAGCACGGAACAUGUGGAGUAAACAAUAUCACAUCGUCUUCAUUCUAAAUCAUGAUUUAUCUCCUCACAGUAUGAGCACUAUCUAGAGGUGAUUUGGUCAUAAAAGCGCUAUAUCUGGUGUCAUUUCAUAUUUUAGAACAAUUCACAAAGAUCCUCGAUUGAAUAGCACUAGAGGACUGUGGCGGAAUAUGUGUGAUCAUAAAAAGCAAUUGUAUAUACCUCCAUCAAAAAUCCGGACCCCUUCAUUGCCGUUUUGAGAACUUAGAGGUGGAUUUGAUUUGAUUUGGAUGUUGCAGCAAUCAGUCACCUAAGACCUGGAUUGACUUUAAAAUAGACACAUCUAAAUUAGUCUAGAAAUACGUGACUGCAAAGAGAGGAAUCUAACUGACACAGUUUGUUCCUUUUUGUCAUUAACAGGAACUUAAUGUGACUUUUUUACUAUGGAAGAUAAAAGUAAUUAACUUACUGUUUCCUCUCAACCUUGUCAUGCAGACAAAGAAACAGGAAACCAAAAUAAUUGGAAAAAUGGAAAACCACAUCGGAUGGCAAAUAAAAAAAAAUGCUUGUUUUUGCCAAAACCGAAAACCAGAUGCUAAAAAGCAAAAAAAAAAGCGCAAACCGCAACAGACAACCAAAAACCGCAAUUUUUCAGUGCAAAACUGAUAAACUAACUUAAAAAAUGACCAAUUUAUUUUAACCAAAAAACCGAAAAUAUACGGAAUAUUGCACAGACCUGAUUCUUGUUGAGUUUUUUGUAUAUUCGUCUUAUAUUUCCCAGAUUCUGAACUUUCUGUAUUGAAUGGUUUGCAUUUUUAUUCUCAUUGGCAUGACACUGAAAACAGAGAAUAUGUAGUCCUGCUAUAGUCUGCUACACAGCUCACACAGUGCUCCUGGAGAGGAGCGUUGCAUGACGGCACUAAAAAUGGCUGUGUAGUAGACUAGUCGUGCUAUGAUCUUUUAAUCUGUAGAGAGGUUACUUUUAAAGCUUGAUCAAAGAAUAAUGUACAAACUUGUACUUAUCAGGCAGAAAAUAAACUAAGGAUUUACCUGGUGUAUUAUCCUGUGAGAAAGCUCUCCAUUUAUGACAAGCAAAGGAAGUCACAAGAGAUUGCGAGGGCCAUGCUGCUCUUGCGUCUCAUUACUCCCUCCAAAUGGAGAGCUUGCUCACAGGCUAAUGAUGGACUAGGAAACAGAAUUAACUUUAAAGUUAACCUGCGUAGCUGGCGGUAUUGUGUCGGUGAGCGAUUAACGUUUUGGCGGCAGAGGUGUGAUCCAAAACAGGGAGUGGAGACAAGGCUUCACCACCAAAUCUCACUCGACUGCUUCACAAUACUGCCAGCUAUGCAGGCUACUUUAAAGUUUGAUAUUGAAGGGUGGAAAUACAUGCAACAAAUUCUAGCCACUUUUCAUGCUACAUGUACAUUGUUCCACAUUGUUGCUCAUAGCAACAUUUUGUCAUUGCUUCAUGCAGCAUUGUUUGUUCUGCAACAUGCUGCCAACUGAAACAACAAAACAACUAGUAUAGCAAGAAAAAUUCCUCUCAAACUGAUGAGGCGAAAUUGUUGCUUGAAGAAUUGCUCCAAUGUGUUGCCAGUAUUACCACCCCUUAAGAAACGAAGGGAUUAAAGGAGGGAUUAAAGGAGAGAGUGUAAAAUGUAUCAACAAAUGAAUUGACCUAAAAUUAUGUUGUUAUUUAUUACAGGGGGGUAGUGGAGAGCUCUCCCUUGAAAAGGAUGAAUUACUGAAACUUUCCACAGACAAAGCACAUUAUGACCAAGGAGAUGAAAACACCAUCUUUGUUGACUACCAGAAUAUCACAAACGUUGUAAAAGAGGGGCAGAUUAUUUUUGUGGAUGAUGGACUGAUCUCUCUGAAAGUUGUGGAGAUUGGGAAAAGCCAUUUACUGACCAGGGUUCUAAAUAAUGCUAAACUUGGCAGUAAAAAAGGUGUCAACCUGCCUGACGUUGAAGUAGACUUGCCAGCAUUGUCAGAACAGGACAUUAAGGAUAUUCAUUUUGGUGUUGAACAGGGGGUAAGUGUUUCUGUGAUCACUAAUGCAAACGUACAAUGUAAUAUCAUUGUUAUCUCCAGUCUAAUUAUUUGUAAAGUGAAGAAAUCAUCCUCUUCGCGGGAUGUUUCCAAGGAUAAUAAAAUGUGCAACAUUUUGAUAAGAAGUUUGAAAUUUGCAAAACUAGUCUUCCAGUCUUUGAAAAAUUCUGAAAGAUAGAGAUACCGGUAGUCUCUUUAACAAUUUCCUGACAAACAAGAGAGACUAGGUCCACAGCCAAGGUGGCUACCAUUUUCGUCACUAAGACAAACUACUGAGAGAUAGGAAAAAUUAAACUUAAAAACGUUACUCGACGUUCCGAUGUUUGACGAACAUCAUUAACAAGAGUGAGAAAUGUUAAAUUUCAAAGCUGUUUAAAGAACUGAGGUUUGAAUAAAUUAGAUUGUAUUAGUGCAUGCUUCAUUUUUAGGCAGAUUUCUAAAUAGAAAAGCUUAGCGCCAUUCGAAUGCUACUGCACGUUCAUAGCCUUCGUCGGACCCCUCCCCCUCUCCGAUUUUUCCUGAGGGAAGGGGAGGUCUGUACAUAGGCUACACGUUCAGUGAUGGUUUGCGUUCUCAGUGUAUAAAUAGUAUCUCGUAGACAAGGCGUCUCUGAACGUGCGGAGAACUCUACACAGCAAUGAAGCAUGCACGAAUACAAUCUCAUUUAUUCAAACUUCAACUCUUCCUAACCCAACUGACCGCCCCUAGGUCUCUGAGGAUGACUGGUUACCUGUGCACUGUAUAUUUUCCUUGUCACAAUCAUGUGCUUAUUGUAGACAUUGUACUCACAGAAUUCAACAAGUUAAUACGAUUUUAUCACUAAAAACAGUAGUAAAAAAGCCUGACAUGUUUGAAGCCCAUCUGCCAUUUUUCAUUUUCGUGUUUGACCCUUGUACUGAAGCCCACUAACAAAAGUUUUCUGUUUCCUUCUACACAAGUUUAACUUCCUUGGCUUUGUGCUGGCAGUCUUUGGCUCCUUCCUUCUUCUUCUAUGUCUGUUUUAGUCUCAAUAUCAAUAAAUCAAACGUCUGUGACUUUUAUCUGUCUGCCCGCUUAAUGCAGACACCUGGAUAAUACGGACACUAUGGCAUGUCCUCUAUUUAUCUCCGUUAACAGGGUUCCACUGUAUCAGGGGCACCCAACGAGAAUAUAGUUCAAAACCACUUAAACAUAGCAUUGUUAAACUUAUUUUAGUAUUUAAACAGUAGAUAUAGGGAUAUUUUUAUCCUCUAAAAAGUUUCCAUCUGUUCGGAUUUCCUAGCUGAAAGUCUAGUGAUCCGAAAAUUAUAGGGAUCAAAACUUACCUUUUCGAAAAUUUCAGCCAGAAAAAAGGCUCCCGAAAAUUCUAGGUGACCUUUUUAGGGUAAAAAUCCGUUCAAAAUGGGCAAUUAUACCAUUUUUUAGAUGUUCGAAAAUCCUAGGAGAGGCAGGCAAGCAAGAAAUAUUUUCCGAAAAUUGACGUUGGGUGCCCCUGACUGUAUAUCAAACAUCAUUAUUUGUUGCAUUGUCGUUGUUUCUAGGUGGACAUGAUAUUUGCUUCAUUUAUUCGCAAAGCUCAAGACAUAAAAGACAUACGCAGUGUAUUGGGUGAGAAAGGAAAAGGAAUCAAGGUUAUCGCCAAGAUUGAGAAUCAUGAAGGAGUAAGAAAGUUUGAUGAGAUCAUGCACGAAGCAGAUGGUAUCAUGGUGGCUCGAGGAGAUCUGGGCAUUGAAAUCCCACCGGAGAAAGUGUUUUUAGCCCAGAAGAUGAUGAUUGGUCGAUGCAACAAGAACGGAAAGCCUGUUAUAUGCGCAACUCAGGUCAGUAAAUAGAUAAUAUGGAAACAAUGAAUAAAUAAUAUCGUCUAAUUAACAACAGUAGAAUUAAUUUUGCGUCGUUAGCACCUAUAAAACUUUGGAAUUUCAAUCCUGUGGAAAAGCUGGAGCGUCAAACCCAAGAGAAAGGCGCGAGGAGCUAGGGAACUCUGUCCUAUCGCGCGCGCUUGUCCACCUUCCUCGCGAGCAUUACCUAUUCCCGCGUAUUUUUUGCGCCUAUCAGGCCGGCUAACGCGAAAAAUAUCCGUGCACUGCUCAAUUCGCACUGCUCUACCUUUGAUGAUGUGACAAGUUGUUGAAUUGGUAACCAACAUAUUUUAUUGUACCAACAGAUGUUGGAAAGCAUGAUUCAUAAUCCUCGUCCUACUCGUGCUGAGGGUUCAGAUGUUGCCAAUGCUAUUCUGGAUGGAGCUGACUGUGUAAUGCUUUCUGGUAUGUUUUGAUGGAAGCUAGUAAAAAACGCCUUAAACUAAACGCCCUAUUCACGGUAUCUUAGCUAAUAAGGCGGAGCUUUAGCAUCGACGACUCCGACGGCAACGGAAGCGAAAACGUCACUUUUGAAAUGCUUUUGCUUUUUUCCUACUUUUUCGUGUGUGUUUUAUUAUUUUUUUUCCAUUUCGCUGAAAAUGUUAAACGUAGGCGAAUUUCCGUGGAGUUGAUUUCUUGGGGACCACAUUCAAGUUUAGAAAGGGAAAGAAAAAUUCGUAGUCGCCCGUUUGAGUCCUCCACAGAACGUGAAAUUAGGCAUUUUUACGUCGUAAUCGUGCAGUGACGGCAAAGAAAUGGUCAAAAAAGUGUGGUGCACGUGCAAAGUUGUUGUUUUUAAUAAACCGAUUUCUUUUUUCACUUUCUUGUUGGUGUCGCCAUCGUCGUUGCGAAAACUCCUUAAUGAAUUACCUGGGAUUAAAUGACAGUAAACCGCCAUAAUUCUGUUGCAGCUUCCCUUGCGAGUAGGACGCUGAAGUUGAUGCGAUCUUUUGCUCGCUUCAAUUGGAGAGGAUCGCUUGCUGCGCAUGCUACUUUGAUUACAGUAAAUUUAGACUACUUACUACGAGUAGUCCCUCAUUUUCCUCAGGAAUAGUGGAGUGAGCGAAACGCAAGCGCGUGUGAAAAUCAUCCAACGCGAGAAAGGCGAGACGCAACGGGGAGAGAGAAACCACGCACGCCUUUCUCGCGUGGGAUGAUUUUCAAGCGCGUUCGCGUUUCACUCGCUCCACUAUCCCUAAGGGAAAAUGAGGGACUACUCGUAGUCUACUGUAAAUUAGACGAGUCUGUAGGGGAACUCCUGUUCAUAUAAAGAAAGGAAACGACUUUAUUACGGACCACUCUUUCAGUGCGCCCUCGCGCGUGCUAUAUACUCUAUCCAUAGUUACUUUUGAGUUAGCGACAGACGAGACUUAAAGAGUCAGUUUAGUCAAGCCGGUUCCCUAACAAAAUCGUUUCCAAGUCGUUUUCAACAAAUACUGACGAAAAACCGGAUCAACUUAGGUUUCUGGAAACUACCUUUAAGCUAACAUUAGCACUCACGUCUCACUUUGGGCAAAAUGAUGGCUUAGGGGAGGGGUCGAUGGGCAGUUUCCUCGAAACUAAAAUUGAUCCGAAGAAACUAGGGGUCCCUGAUUGUUGAAACCGUGGUCUAAGUGAGAGACAAUCGCCCAUCAGUACAUUAUUAUUAUUUAGCACGGUGUAUCCCCGUUAAUACGGACACUGAGGGGGCCAUGGAAAGUGCCAUGUUAAGGAGGUGCCCGUACGAAUCGGGAUGAAUUUAGCGAAAUUGUAAGGGCUAGGGACAAGGAAAACUGUCUGUAUUAAGCGGGAUUGAUUGUACUACGGCGACAGUCAUGAAAUUGAAACAAAGUAGAGGGGAUUAAAAGAAUUAACCAACGAGCGUAAAAAGUAAAUCAUUAACGUUACAGGAAAGGAAAAGUUACGAGAGCGUACGGUACCGUUGCCUCUUGUCUUCAGUCAACAGUUUGAAAUGAAGGGUUUUGUUGUUGUUCAUAAUUCCAGGUGAGACCGCGAAAGGUCGUUAUCCAGUAAAAGCCAUAGCCAUGAUGCACAAGAUUUGCCGUGAAGCAGAGGCCGCCAUUUUUCACAGGCAGCUGUUUGAUGACUUGAGGCACUCUAUGAACAGAGUCGCAGAUACUCACGAAACAACUGCCAUAGCUGCAGUGGCUGCGUCAUUCACAGCUAAUGCGGCAUGCAUAGUCUGUCUUACGCACACGGGAAAGUAAGUCGAGUGCCCAGGGGCGGGCGGAAGGGGGGGGGAAUGAACAAAAUGUUAAACGCGGAGGUUCCGCCCCGAGGUCCAACCCCUUACCUGCCUUUUAUAUACCAUUUUUGUCAGAAAAUGUACCCCUUUCACAUACCUUGUUUAGAAUACUAGACCCCUUGUAACUGCUGUAAAUGCACUUUCUUUCAACAAUGAAUAAUUCAAAAAGCAGAACGGUUUUUCGACUUUUUCACCGCCAUAAAAUGCAUUUAGACACACGUUAACAGAUUUCCCAACCCUUUCUUAUACUUCAAAUAGUGAAAUCCGUACCCUUUCACAUACCUGAAGCCUGAACAAGGUACCCCUUUUGGGCGGAACCUCCCCGUAUAGGCCAUUAUAGGGAGUAACCCCCACCCCCCCCCACCCGGGGGGGGGGGGGUCUGCGUAGCUGGCGGAAUUGUUUUUGCUCGUGUGAGAGUUUUUGUUUUUCCCGUGCGUCUCCUCCCAAUUCUCCGCACGAAGCUCCUCUGCUAAAACUUUGCUCGUGCUACAACGAUCCCGCCGGUUACGCAGGCUAGUCAAGUGAAGACCAAGAUUAUUUACCUUUUACAAAUAAAAUGUUUCCUGGUCAGAAAGUUAAUGGCAAACGACCUUCUUGGUCAUUCCGGGAGAAACAAAACGUUUGAGAAGGCAGUCCUGUUUUCUCGUUCGGGGUGUUUCAAACAGAAAUUAGAGUCCCAAUUGUCUUCCUGCUACAUAACGGAUAACAAAUCUUAGUUUACGCGGCCGUAUCUCAGUAAAUGAAAGGGUUUUGUGCAAUUAUCAAACGGAAGUUCCGAGUGGAAUUUUCCUUUGGCGCGUAGAAGAGCGUGCACCAUUUGUCCAAACCGUAAACCGAAAUAAACUGAUCAGUUUUCCAAUGUUAAUGCUCAAAGGGUUAUUAGGGAGCUUAAGAUCCGACGACGGCGACGGCAACGGGAACACCACAAAAGCAAUAGGUUUAAUAACCAAAACAACAAUUUUGCACGUGCAUCAAGCAUUUCUUUGCCGUCACUGCACGACUACGACGUGAAAAUGCCUAAUUUUAAGUUGUACAGAGGAAGUACACAAGCGACUACGAAAUUUCCUCUCUCUUUCUGAACUUAGAUAUGGUUCUUAGGAAUUCAACUUUAGGAUGGUUCACCCACAUUUGAAAAAGUUAGUGACUUGCAGUAAUCGCGAUGAAGAUUGAAAUAACACCAAUUCACUUUUUUAGCGACGUUUUCUCUGCAGUCGCCUUCCUCGGAUCUUAAGGUCCCUAUUUUAUCGGCUGGGACGCAACAUAGUGUUCGUUGCCGUUGUAGGAAGGCGUUAAAAUUAUUUUUGUCUACUUUUUCCUUUAGGACUGCUGAAGUAGUGGCGCGCUUUCGUCCCCGCUGCCCUAUCAUCGUGGUAACACGUGACGCACGCGUGGCACGCCAGAUGCACUUAUACAGGGGCUGCUUUCCGCUCAUUUACGAUAGACCGCCAAAAGAGAACGUGCUUGAAGAACACGAUGAGCGGCUUGAAUUUGCGCUGGACAUGGGCAAAAGGAUGGGAUUCAUGAAAGUAGGAAACGCGUUUGUGUUUGUGUCGGGUUGGAAGGCUGGUGCAGCUCAUACCAACACAAUCCGCAUCCUUACUGUCAUGGAAGAGAAGAUUCAUAUCGCCAAGAGUCUGUCAGAGUCCGCAGAUAUAAAAGGGAGGAUGCAAAACUUGACCGUGCCCUAG